CCUGUGCUCAAGCCAAGAGAGCAUCAGUUAUCUCCUCACCCAACAGAGAGGAUAUUUUUUAGCACCUAAGUUGUCACCUGGGACCUGCUAUUGCACUGAAUUGCAGAAUAUUUCUGCAGAACAGAUUUUUUUUUUGGUGGUGGUGGAAGAGAGAAGAAUAGCAACUUGGAUUUACAGUGAUUGGUUUGCACUGCUUUGUGAUUAAUCCACAAUAUAUAUAUAUAUAUUAAUAUAUAUAUAUAUAAAGAAGACUUUCUGACCAGCAUGGCCACCACCACUCAGGUGAUCACCUCUAAACAUAUCCACAGCUACAUUAUAAAUACAGUGCUGCCCAAAGAGGAUUUAACCUGCUGUCCAGUGAAAGAACGGGAGCCGUUCGAGAAGAGUUACCAAGUGGGUCCAAUUCUGGGAAGCGGUGGCUUUGGGACUGUUUAUUCCGGAGUUCGCGUUUCAGAUGGGAUUUCGGUUGCUAUCAAACAUGUGGCAAGGGAGAGGAUCACCGACUGGAAAACACUGAAUGGGUCUAUGGUCCCAUUAGAAAUUGUGCUGCUGAGGAAGGUGUCGACGGGCUUUCGGGGCGUGAUCCGGCUUCUGGAGUGGUACGAGCGACCGGACGGCUUCCUCCUGAUACUGGAGCGUCCGGAGUCCGUCCAGGACCUGUUCGACUUCAUCACCGAGAGGGGCGCGCUCUCGGAGGAGGUGGCCCGCAAUUUCUUCCGGCAAGUGGUGGAAGCGGUCAGGCACUGUCACAACUGCGGCGUGAUCCAUCGCGACAUCAAGGAUGAGAACAUCCUGGUCGACCUGAGGACGGGAGAGCUGAAACUCAUCGACUUUGGGUCGGGAGCGUUGCUGCGGGACACGGUCUACACAGACUUUGAUGGCACUCACGUGUACAGCCCUCCAGAGUGGAUACUCUGUCACAGGUACCACGGCCGUUCAGCCACCGUCUGGUCUCUGGGGAUCCUGCUGUAUGACAUGAUCUGUGGCGACAUCCCUUUCGAGCACGACGAGGAGAUCAUCCGUGGGAAGGUUUUCUUCCAGAGAGGUAUCUCCAGAGAUUGUCAGCAUCUUAUCCAGUGGUGCCUGUCUCUGCGACCCUCCGACAGACCGUCCUUGGAGCAGAUCCUCGUGCACCCUUGGCUGAAGCAAGAGAGCUUCCUGCAGCAAGCGGAGGGGGAGUUGAGGUGGAAGGGACUCGAGGAGAAGUCCUCCAGCUCCAGCCAAGAAAGCUUGUAAGGCUAGAGUCGGCGUGAACCUGGGAGCACAAGAGCGAGCAAGCGAACGCCAGGCGGGCCACAUGAGUUUGUGUUGGAGGGCCAGGCCACAGCGUUGGUACACGUUACUGACUGAGAGCUGCAGUUGGGAUUGAAAAGCCAUGGCGGAUGCCAGGGUCCAGUUUGGAGUUGGCACUCAUUCGAACGCUGGACAGAUUUAAAUUCUCAGGAUUGAGUGCGGUGUCGAUUGGAGGAGGAGGUGGUGGUGGUGGUGGGGUUGGACAGGACAGUGUGGUCCAAGAUCACGUCAGCAAUCCGUCCAACAGGUGGCUUUCGAAUAGACAUUGUAGGGCCGCUGAGCAGAGUUACAAAGGGUCGGUAUCAUUUUUUUUUAAAUAAACUACGUGGAAGACCUCCAUGGCUUUGGGACUGAUUGAAGGCCAAGGAAGUCUUAGCCUUGGAGAUCGCAAGUCUACUUGGCUGGACGAUACACAUCAGAAUAUGUUGGUUGGAAAUUGUCGCAAGGGUUCUCCAACACUUGAUCAUUGAGCGGUAGCACCAAGCACUUGGAGGGUUGCUUCUAGAUUGGGGAUGAUUGCUGGUAUUCGCAAUGAUUGUCAACCGUGAGGAUUAUAUGGGCGGAGGUGGUGGGGGGGGCAAAAGCUGAUGCUAAUGUCAUUGUGACUUGAUUCUGAAGUUACCAGCAUCAGAAGGUGUGUGUUUCUGAUCCAUUCAUUGCGACCAGCAAAAUCAUCUUGUGUCGGGGGUACUUUUGUAUGAUUGAUUGUGUCCUUCGGUUAAUGUGUUCUGGUUUCAGUCAAGCUUAUAUGAUAUUAACACAGUACAAUGGAACCAGCAUAAAGGUGAGCCAGAGGCAAGCAUGGAUAUCCAAUGGACAUUUCCUGUUUCCUUCUACAAUCAGAAUCAUUGUCUGGUGCAGACUGAAGCGUUGUCUGUCUCACUGAAUCUGUGUGAUGCUGGUUACAGUUGACCAAGUGUCGGGAAGGGGGGAAGAAGAGGUUAGAAGGUGCCUCUGGAUGUACAAAAGGAGGGGUUUGAUUAUAAGGUGGUUUCUUGGUUAUAUUUUGUCCCAGAGCUCAACAAGGGUGGGGUGGGGGGGAGAAAAACUACAUGAAAAUGGAGUUAAAUGUAGUAGAAUCUUGAGGCUUAGAACAUUUCAGAUUUUCCAACCAUACUCUGUUUGACUAAAGUUUAUUUUUCUGAAAAAAUCAGUCAAUUUUUGAAGAAGACAAGUGGGUCAAGGCUGAGGGGUAUGGUAAAUGAAAACUGGGCGAUAGGAGGAAGCCUACAGCACAAGUGUCAUUUCAGAACCCCAGCUGUGGAGAUCCCUUUGCGUGAACAAUUGAGGCUGUUGUAUUUCUACAAAGCACAAAUGCCGGGAAUCUGUGUUUAGUGACUUCGGGUGGGUGUGGGGCGGGUGGGGGCGGGGAAUCAAAGCCACAUAGAGGCCACCCCGCGGCUGGCAGAUUGGUUCAUGUUUUAUUAAGUUGACGGGAAGCAUUUAUAUUUUAAGGACUCCCAAGCACAUUCAAUGCAAGAACCUAUGCAAAACCAAGAAUGUGCUUACCAUUUGACUCGAUGCCAAUAAAUGGCCAUCGACAGUAGAUGUAUAGAUAUAAUAAAAUGUGAAUGACAAUGUACUGUUUAUCGCAAAGAGUGGGUGGAUUGCCUUUCUCAGGGAAUCGAGAGAGAAUUCAUUACCAUGUUAGACCUCUAGCCAGCCUCGAGCUGGAGAAAAAUCUAUUUGGGAUUGGGGUUCUGUCCCAAUUCUCUAUCGCCACAGGGCUCCAGUGCAGGAUUUAGAGGAAAUCUUACCUGGUUCGGGUGAAAUUGAUUACAGUAUUAUGCAAGAGCGUGUGGGAUUGGCCCCCACAACGGAUUCAAUGCACAAAGUCACCUUUCAGGUCAACAAACUUUUAUAUUUUUUUGAGCCAGUGUGAGCCCACUCUGAAAGGGCGGCUGCACAGACUUCAAGCGUCCUCUUUGAGAUUUCAGAACUCUGACCUCAUCAUUCGCAAAGGUGUUCUCUGCACCUUUCCGUUCGAAGGUUCUUGCACAGCUUAUAGUCGGAGAAAUCUUUUUUCAGUACGUUUUUAAGAUGCGAAAUGUAUUUUUUUUAAGAUAUAAAAAAAAAGGAGAAAGAUACACAUUCGUGUGGUUGCAGUGUCUCGAUUUUUAGUUGUAAUUCGGUUUGUUUCAGAAUUGCGCAUUCUUUUUUUUUCACACAAAAAAAAAAAAGAAAUUUUUGUUUCGGUUUUGACACGUCUCUCCAGUCCAUGUUACGCCUAAGAGUCGAAUGUGCAGGAUCCUCUAUGUGAUUUGUAUUGAUCGAUAGCUGACGCAGCCCUAGUUUCACCUCGUUCUGUUUGGAUGAGGAUGUUGUUCGGUUUAAGAUCGGGCAUGAUCAGGGCCAAGUUAAUGGGAAAUAAAAACAGAAGUUGCUGGGAAUAUUCGGCAGGUCAGGCAGCAUCUAU